AUGCGGAGAAAUCCGUUUAUUAUUGAAGGCGGGAUGGAUGAACAAAUAUUAGUCCCGAUCGAGUUUGAGGAUCGGGGACGGGUCUGGACUGUGGCAGAAACAGAAGCUGUUACUAAGUCAAUGGGAAGACGAUUGAUUCCUACUGCUUCUUCAGUAGAUGAAGCAACUCAGAUCAUAUGUGGAAAUUGCCUUAAUGCAAUUGAACAACACCAUCUACAGCGUUUGAAAACAUCCGCGAUUGAUAAAAUUUUAGACAUUGGAUGUUCUUUUGGAGUAAGCUCAAGAUAUCUUGCAAACAACCUUAUGCAUGCAAUUGAAAUCACGGUAAGUUUGAUUCUAUCGAUAGGAUUGUGGCCGGAACGGAAGGAACAAAGUUUAGUUGCAUAUCAUGAAGUGGGGCAUGCCAUUUGCGGAACUUUGACUCCCGGUCAUGAUGCUGUCCAGAAGCCACUCCCAUUGAAUGAGCAAGGAGAAGACGAAACAUCCCUGCGCUCAGGAUCUCAUGUCCAGUGCCUGACAUUAAAUGGUCAAUUGCUGGAGAGGCGAAUUGCUGAGAUAGAGAUAUUACACUUCCAGUGCUACUUGGAUUCACACUGCCAGUGGUCUGGAUGUCAAUCCAUCCGAUUCUCCGUUUACUGA